AUGAUGCCGCUGUUUGUUCUGCAACGCCGGUCGACGUGGGCGAGAACCGCCGCCUUGACGACUGGGGGGCGUGGCGCGGCCAGGUGGAUGGUGUUGUUGGAGCUGCAUCUUCUUUUUUUCUCUCUUUUUUUUGGAAUUCAGGGAUGUGCGAAGGCGCGUUCACGAGAUUUGUAUUGGAAGAAAGUUUGUAAUCAAAGAGAAAGUGUCAUGGGUUGUUCUAAUUCGCUGGAGCAAACAAUGAGGCAAGCGGAUGCUGACAAUGAGUGCGAGUCUAUUUUGAGUCUUUUUCCCCGCCCCGUGGAGUACGCCGCGAUUCAGAUUGCGUCGCCCGAGCAGGUUCUUAGGCUGGUGCCGCCGGAGAUGCUGGACGGCAAGCAGGUGCAGACGGCCUUCCAUGUGACGACGCUGUACAUUGGCCGCGGCGGCUGCAAGGACCCGGUGCUGCUGCAGCAGCUGGUGAAGCUGCGUGGUGCGUCCAUUCAGCUCACGCUGGUGUCCGUCGUGUCAGACGCGAAGGGGACGGCGAUCGCGGUGCGCAACGAGGGGGAGUUCCCCUGCAAAAACGCUCAUCCACACAUCACCGUUGCGAACGCGCCGGGUGUCCCGGCCGUGUACAGCAACGAGCUGCUGGACGAUUCGCAUGCGAGCGACCCGUGCCGCGCCGUCGUUCCCCUCCCCGCCGGCACCUGCAUUUCCGGGACAUUCGGCUUCGCUUUCCACUGA